AACAUAUCAACUUCGUGGAAUUUUAGACAUUUGCCAGCAGGUGCAGCACCUGCACCAUUAACCAUGUUUUGGAUUUUACGCCGCACUGGCGCCGCCAACUUCUUCAACUCCUUCAACAACAAUUGCAGCUUCUCCAAGAGCAACUCCGGCGGUGGGAAUCACAGCAACAGCACACAAGACAAAUAUGUGAAGCGUCCCCCAAGGAAGGCGUACGGCAGACUCAGUGCCGAGGCCGACGAUGCCGUGUCACUUGGCCACAAAAUCGAUGAUCCGUUCGAUGAGCUCGACGACUUUGAAAUGCUGGCAGCCAACUCCAGUGCCGGGUGUAGCAGCGCCAAUGGCAAUGGCAAUGCCAAUGUGCCACCAGGUGAAGCCAAUGGCAACGUCAAUGUCAACACCAGAGGAGGAGGUGCAAACGGGAACGUGAACGGGAAUGGAAACCUUUCCCUACUGCCCUGCACUGAUGCCGAUUGCCAGGGCAACUACGAAGUGGAGAGCGCCCUCUGCGAGCUGGGCCUCUGCCAGGCGAAAGCCAAAACAUCAAAGGAUCUGGCCGGGGGGGCCACGUCAACAUCGAAGGAGAUUAACGAAAACACAAUAAGUCGGCUGCAUGCCCUGGCAAUGGCUGACGACGAUGAUGACUAUGAUGAAUCACUUACCUGCAACGUGUGCGACCGAGCUUUCCAUUGUCACCGACAGCUGGCUUCCCACCAGCAGAAGAAGCGUCAUUUCGGGUGCAGUGGCUGCGAUAGUCUGUUUCCGUCACUAAUGCUGCUGGAACACCACAAGGAAGAGUUCGAGCACUGGAGCGACGAGGAGAUGGGGCGGCGGGUCUGCUGCCGGCGGAAUCGGUGCGAUGACGAUUACUUUACGGAUACGGACUCCUUCAUCAGCGACGCGGAGAGCGAGGAUCUGGAGAGGCUGUUGUAAUUGCCGAAGACUGGCCGGGAUUGGAUGGAAAAAGCCGGGAAGGACGGCCAGGAUGGAAAGGCGGACUGAAUUUGAAUUUGAACCCAACCAUGUGGACGAAGGGCCUGGGCCCCGGGGUCUGUCCAACCGCAUUAAUGCCAAGCAGCAGCCGAGGCCUGGACGAGUGUCCUGUGGCGCCAACUGGAAUGGAAGGACCUGGCACUGGGACUGAAACGUGGGUCGUGGACUGAGGGCCUCAGCUUCUGAUGAAGAUUGACACUGGGGCGGACCGCUUGUCGCCCUAAUGAAAAUGAAUUAAACCCUAAUCUGGCUGAACGCAAAGCCUGCGAAACAAACAAUGAGAAAUGUUGGCUAAAGCCCGAAAACCCAAAACCCCAAAAUAUCCGAAAAGCAAAACAAACCCCAACUGAGAUGGCAGAAAAAAAGAAAACAAACAAGAUAUGUAUAAAAUACU